CUCUAGCGGUUGACCCGCACUCAGCGGAGACACUCGACAGGCUGGGAUACCUAGUCAAUUAUGGAUAUGGCAGGGUGCGAAUCCAUAAAAAAGGGAAGACGACUGAGUCGUCAGACCCGAAGGGUACACAGCCUGCUAUAGCCAGUUCCUCCUCCACUGCACAAAGUGCGUGCUUCAAAGAGGGACCUUGCGGUUCCAAGGACGUACCCAAGGGACUGCAAAGGUUACCUUCAGAGUAGUCAGGGGCAGCGGAGAAGGAAAAAGCACCUGUCCAGGAGUCCAUAGAGCGGCCCUGCUGCUCAGAAGACACUCCUGGCACGGAAAAGAGGGUACCUUCCAGCCCAGAGAAAUCAAAGGCCCCUUUCGCCCAAAAUCCCUUCCGUCCUCCGCUAAAUGCGAAUCGGAGACAAGGUCGAGGGGAGAUUUCAAUGGAGGAGAAGACCCUGAUGGCCACCAAUAGGGGGAAAAAGAUGGCCAAGCGGGCUUCAAGGCCGAAAAAUGGCAAACCCCCCAGGCGAUAGGCCUAGGCACAUCAAGUGCCUGCAAGUGAACCUCCAUCAUGUAAAGGCGGCCUCUGACGUCUUAUGCAGGAGGUUCAAAACAGAACUCUUGGAUGUCGCAUUCAUCCAAGAACCGUGGGUUUUCGCCGGGGCUAUUAAAGGCCUAAACGACUGUGAUGAGUUGACACAACAGGACUUAGCUGCUGUAUGGACUAAAGUGCCCACUCAAAUGGGAGAACAAGAGGUCGUUCUCGCUUCAGCUUACCUCCCAGGCGACAGCUGUGAGAUGCCCACAAGGGAAGUAAUAGCCCUAGAGGAGUACUGCAGAAGGAGAAAGCUGAAACUAGUAAUGAGCUGUGACGCCAAUGCCCAUCACUGUGUUUGGGGUAGCUCGGACACCAAUUCUAGAGGUGAGUCAUUUCUUGAAUUUAUCACUAGGAACAAUUUAUUUAUUCUUAACCGGGGUAAUGAGCCGACCUUUGUCAAUGCUAUAAGAGGGGAGGUUCUAGACUUGACAAUUUCCUCAACUAGCUUGUCGACCUUUUUCUCAAACUGGCAUGUCUCAAAUGAGGUAUCUAUGUCGGACCACCGGCAUAUUCGAUUCGAUAUAGAAGCCCAAAGAGUAACAAACCUUGUUUACAGAAAUCCCAGAAAAACAAACUGGGAACUCUUUCGCCUCCACAUAGAGCGGGAAGUGAAUGGUUCUACGGCACCAAUUUCAUCCGUCUAUGAACUUGAGGACGAGGCGAGAAAGUUCCAAGAUGUUCUUAAACAAGGUUUUGAAGAGAGCUGCCCACUGAGAACCAAGAAGUCUCAAAGGGAUGUCCCUUGGUGGAGCGAUUCUCUCGGAAAACUAAGGAAAAGAGCCAGGAAACUUUUCAAUAGGGCAAAGUCAACAGGUGACUGGACCGCCUACAAGUCAGCCCUAACCGCUUACAACUGUGAGCUCAGAAGGUCUAAAAGGGCUACGUGGCGUGAGCACUGCGGAAGUAUUUCCUCUCUUCCAGAGGUGCAUCGCCUUCAGAAGGCCCUAAAACUAGAUCAUCUGAAAGUCCUCUGCACUUUGAAAAGACCAGAUGUGCUUAACGAAUUUUAUGAUGCCACACAGUUCAUAAAACCCAUAGAUCAUAAAUAUAAAACACGAAGACGGGAAGAAGGACGCUUCCAGGUACCUAAAUUCAGGAAUGAGUACUCAAAACACUCACUUAGUGUCACAAUGCCGACUCUACUGAAUGAACUACCAGCAAACAACUUAAAUCUACCAAAAACACCGCAAGGAAAAACAUUAAUUAACAAUCAUUAUUUGAACUCAUUGUAA